CCCCACAAGUGUGCUUUACGGAAACAUAAGCCAAACAGAAAACCAAGAACCCCUUUUACUACGUCACAACUUCUAGCUUUGGAAAAGAAAUUCAGAGAAAAACAAUAUCUAUCAAUAGCAGAACGCGCUGAAUUCUCAGCAUCACUCAGUUUAACAGAGACACAAGUCAAAAUCUGGUUUCAAAACAGAAGAGCUAAAGCAAAGAGACUUCAGGAAGCGGAAUUGGAAAAGCUACGCAUGGCAUCUAAACCCAUGCUGCCACCCACGUUUGGAAUUUCGCUGCCA